GAGGUUGCAAGCUGUAUGGAUGCAAGUGCCCUCGGCAACAUCCGACCCUGCUGCUUUCCACCUUGAAGACAGACCACGAACACAGCGCCGAACCUACCUUUACACCACAACCGGCAAAACACAAACCACUCUUACAAUGGCUGAACCACGCAUGCGCCUGCGACAAAGGGCCAACAGUUCUCCAACCCCGAACCUUCACCACANNGUCGCUGGCCUCCUCGAAGCAUUCGGCGACACCCAACCACUCCCAGCCACCCUCACAACUCUCGACGAAAUAAUUACAGACUUCAUCAUCGAAACCUGCCACAGCGCCGCCAUCUGCGCAUCCUACUCUCGCCGCCAAAAGAUCAAAGUCGACGACUUCAAAUGGGUUCUGCGCAGGGAUGCAAAGAAACUGGGCAGAGUGACGGAAAUCUUCUUCGCUGAGAAAAUUCUCAAGGACAACAGAAAGGCUUUCGAUAUUGGUACCGGAGAAGGCUUGGUGCAAGGCAAGAAGGGUGCGGUCAAGGAACUAGGCGUCGAAGAGGAACUCGAGGAAGGUGGCAGGAAGAGAAAGAAGAGAAAGACAGAAGCU